AUGCCUACUAUUCUCAACCUCGUCACCCGAUCUGACAUGCCUGCCGAUUCCGACGGCUCAAACGACAGCAUGAUCAACCUCAUGCUUGGCCUUCUCGGCCUUGUUUUCCUCGGCCUCAUUCUCGUGGCUAUCCUCUUCCUUUUCCGCCGCGCCCGUCUCCAGAACCAGCAAGUCCUUCAAUCCGAGGAGGACGGUCUGCCUUCUUACUACGACAGCAACAGCAAGCGCUUCACCAACCACCGCGGACUCACCAUCGAGACAACACAUAACGGCCGUUCCAGCGUUUUCGUCAUCAACCAAGACGGCCGUCCUAUGCUUGCCAACCCCAACUCUCCUCCUUCCUCCCCCGAUAACGUCCCGGAGAUUCACAUCACCUUCCCCGAUGAGCAGGACGAGCAAGGCCGACAGCAGAGCGGCCGUGUACUCGUUGUCCGUGUUGGCGACAACUCGACUGUUGGUCUUGAGCCUAUGAACGACGAGCAGCUCCCCGCCUACGAGAAGGAGGCCAAGGGCCAGUUCUACUCUAUCGAUAUGGACCACAUUGGCGGCCUCAAGGAGAAGGACCGUACUCAAUUUCAAUAA